AUGAAUGCAGAAAGCAACUUGUCUUUCAGCAAAGGGGUUCCUGGAGGCGACGGCGGGGCGACGACAGCAGCCUCGUCCAUAAAAGAAUUACUCAUGGCGUCACAUAAAGAAAGCCUUCAGAUUGUAAAGGAAGUCUCCCUCCACUCCACAAAACGACGGAGCACAGCCUCAUCUUCCUCUCGUGUAUUUACAUUCCACCGGCAAACUGAGCCCGAGACCCUGGAGAUUUCCCGAGCCGCAGAGGUUUUUCAAACAACUCUGCAAGUCUUGAAGAACAGAACAAAACAGAGAUAUAAAAGGGAUGUCACAGCAGCAGAGAUGCUGUCAUGGGAAGAUGUGGAGCUGAUUGCAGAGAUGUCUCGGUGUCCCUCCGCGACACAUCCAGCCGACUGUCAACAGACUCAUCUCAGCAAGUACCGCUCGAUAUCAGGAGUCUGCAACAACAGGCAAAAUCCUCGCUGGGGAGCGGCCAACACAGCCAUGGUCAGAUGGCUUCCAGCUGAAUACGAAGAUGGGCAGAGAGAACCCAAAGGCUGGAACCGAGAACGGCUUCAUAAUGGAUUCCAACUUCCCUCGCCUCGGAAAGUCAGCAGAGAAAUACUGAGGAGCUCCUCUAAGCCGAUUGAUGAGGAUUAUUCUCAAAUGCUUGUGGAGUGGGGCCAGUACAUUGACCACGACGUCACCUUUACCCCUCAGAGCGCCGGAGUCUCUCCUGAAGCCGACUGUUUGAACUCAUGUGAAAACGUGCAUCCGUGUUUUCCCAUCCAGAUAGAUGACGACGAUGUCGCUGGCGCACAGGGCUGCAUACCUUUUUAUCGCUCUGCACCAGGCUGCUUUGUCAGUGUUGGCUGUGAUAUAGGACAGGCCCUGCAGCAGCAACAGAUAAAUGCCAUCACAUCAUUCAUGGAUGCAUCAGUUGUGUACGGCCACACUCCAACCCUGGAGAACCUCCUACGUGACCUUUCUGGACAGAAUGGAAAACUUGCAGUCAACGACCGAUUCGAGGAUCCCAGAGGGAGACCGUACCUCCCUUUUGUGGCCACGCUGCCGUCGGCCUGCCAGCAGGAUGGGAAGGGUCACAGGGUGGACUGUUUCAAUGCGGGAGACAGCCGUGUCAACGAGGGCCUGCCUCUGAUCGCCUUGCAUACUCUGUGGCUCAGGGAACACAAUCGAAUCGCAGGAGAACUGAAACACAUUAAUGGUCACUGGAGCGCAGAGACUUUAUACCAAGAGACCCGCAAGAUUAUCGGCGCUCUGCACCAGAUCAUAACAAUGAGAGAUUACAUUCCAAAAAUUAUUGGGCCGGCAUCAUUCGACCGUCACAUUGGACCCUAUGGGGGAUACGAUCCGACGGUAGACCCCUCGGCCUCCAAUGUGUUUGCCACAGCUGCGUUCAGGUUUGGCCACGCUACCAUCUCCCCGAUCCUCAAGAGACUGAACGAGAGCUUCCAGGAGCACGAGCACUUCCCCCACUUGAGACUGCACAAGACUUUGUUCAGUCCAUGGAGAAUAGUCAAAGAAGGUGGGAUCGAACCGAUCCUGAGAGGGAUGGUCGGCACUGCAGCGUCAGCCGUUGGCGCGAACACGCUGAUGGCAGAGGAGGUGACGGAGCGGAUGGUCGUCCUCAACGCUCGGCGGCACGUGGACCUGGCCUCACUGAACCUCCAGAGAGGACGGGAUCACAGCCUCCCCGGAUACAACAGCUGGAGAGAAUUCUGCGGACUGAGCCGUGUUGAGUCACUGGAGGAUCUCAGAGAGAUUGUGAGAGACGACGAGGUUGCAGAGAAGAUCCUACGUAUGUACGGACAUCCUGACAAUAUAGACGUCUGGCUUGGAGGACUGGUUGAAAAUUUACUGCCUGGCUCAAGAACUGGUCCUCUCUUCGCUUGUCUGAUUGGAAGGCAGAUGAAAGCAGUGCGUGAGGGUGACAGGUUUUGGUGGCAAGCUGAGGGUGUGUUCACUCAGCGGCAGAAGAACGAGCUUCUACAGUUUUCUCUGUCUCGUCUCAUCUGUGACAACAGCGACAUAGAGGAAGUUCCGCCCGAUUCCUUCAGAUUUGGCAAAUACCCCUCUGAUUAUGUCUCUUGUGAUCAAAUACCAUCAGUAAGUCUGGAAGCGUGGACCGAGGCGGAGAGCCAAGGAGGGCCCGACGAGCAGAUAAAGAAUGGGAAUUUUAUAUUGUCCUCUACAUCUGGCGGGCUGGUUGCUCUGUACUCCUGUUACCAUGGUUUCCAAUUAGAGGGUCCUGCAAUAGUUUGGGAGAGAAAUGGGUGGAGUGAUGGACCCCCACAGUGUGCAGUUGAGCUGUUCACUUGA